AUGCCACAAUCACCUACGAAUUCAAGUCUCAUCGAAACUUCUGCAAUUAUGCCAAAUAUUUCAUCUAGUAGUCCCACUCGUUCAUUCAUUACCAACAAGCCAGAUAAUGAUUUCUCAAACACUGCCAAUGUCACGUCUUUUAUAUCUAUCAGCACCAUCAUCAUAGCCUCAAGAACUUUAAGUUCAUCCGGUUCAUAUUCACAUACACCGAAUCCAACAUCCGCAUCAUAUUCUUCGACACAAUUGCCCUCGUCCACACAUGAUUCCCCGUUCAGUCACAGCAACACCGAAGCUCAGUCGACUCAAAUUCCCACAAUGUCGAUUAGUCAAACAACAACAAGUAUCACUUCUAGUUACGUGACAGCCAGUAAGACGGCAUAUAGCAACUAUAAGAUUAGAAUUAACUUGACGGGACCUAGAGAAAUCAUAACUCCGAAUGCUAAUUUAUUUAGUCAGGGAGAAAAACAUAUUGAUGGAUUCUUAAUCAAUUGGCGGGGGGUUUUAAUCAAUUUGAAUUUGUUGUAUAUUAUCUUUUAG